AUGCGAAAAAGCGACAGCGAUCAGGCGGAUGAGGGUGGCGGGGAGAACCUGGCAGUGGCGACACGAGACAUGAACAGUGAUUUUAUUCUUAUUUUUUCAACGUUUUCUUUCAUUCUCUCUUUUUUAAAAACUUUUUAUUUCGUUUCAUUUUUAACGGCAUUUUUCGUUGCUUUUUCUUAUUCCCUCUUUCUUUAUAAUCUUUAUUUCUCUCUUUUCAAAUGUUCAGAGAAAAAUUCCACCAUUUUUUUUCUUCAUUCUUGUUUUUUCUUCUUCCCUAUAAUGUUUUCUUUCUUUUUCAUUCUUUCUUUCAAGUGUUGUUUAUAUUAUUUUUAUAUUAUUUUUAAUUUUUUCAACCAUUUUUCUUCCUUUUAUUUUACAAUUCCUUUCAUUGAUUCUUUGCAUUAUCUCUUUUGCCUUGAAUUUUUUUCUUUCCACUUUUCUUCUUAUUUUUCAUUGCUUUUCUUUAUCUUCAAUCAAUUUUCGUCAACAUUUUCUUUUCGUUGUUCUUGCUUUUUUAUUUACAUAUAUAAAUAUUCUGUCCUUUCUUUGUCUCUCUUUCUUUCUUUCUUUCUUCCGUUCAGUUAUUUCCCUCUACAUGUCUUUCUUUCCUUUUUCUUUCUUUCUUUAUUAUUUUCUGUACUACUCUUCUUUCAGCUAUAUCUUUCUUUCUUUCUUUCUUUCUUUCUUUCUUUCUUUCUUUCUUUCUUUACUCCUCUUUCGGCUAUUUCUCCUCCCCUUCCUUCUUUCUUUCGUUUUCUACUUUUCUUCUUUCAACAUUUCUUUCUUUCCCUUUUCGCUCGUUCUUCCUUAUUUCUCGUUCUAUUUUUCUUAUAG